AUGGCUGACCGUCGCUUUUUUGUCGGAGGAAACUGGAAGAUGAAUGGCGACUUCAAGUCGAUCGACGGAAUCAUCGCAUUUAUCAACUCCGGAUGUGAUGGUAGCUGCUGCGAUAAAGUCGACGUCGUUGUCGCCCCUCCUGCGCCAUACAUCACCUAUGUGAAAGAGAAAAUCAAUUGUGGAGCGCAGGUUGCGGCUCAAAAUUGCUACAAAGUGGCCAAGGGCGCUUUCACCGGAGAGAUUUCGCCAGAGAUGAUUAAGGACCUUGGAUUGAAUUGGGUGAUUCUCGGACACUCCGAAAGACGCCAUGUCUUCGGAGAGACGGAUCAGCUGAUUGCCGACAAAACCAUGCAUGCUUUGGAAGCCGGAAUCAACGUCAUUUUCUGCAUCGGAGAAAAGCUCGAGGAACGCGAGGCAGGCAAAACGAAAGAGGUCAACUUCCGUCAAUUAGAGGCAAUUUUUGGCAAAAACGUCGAUUGGUCCCGCAUUGUGAUUGCAUACGAGCCGGUGUGGGCCAUUGGAACUGGAGUAACAGCUAGUCCGGAGCAAGCUCAAGAGGUGCACGGAUGGCUUCGAGAAUUCCUCAAAGAAAAAGUCUCCGAGCAAGUUGCCGCCUCAACUCGAAUCAUCUAUGGUGGCUCAGUUACUGCUGAAAAUUGUCGCGAACUCGGCUCCCAAUCGGAUAUUGAUGGAUUCCUUGUCGGCGGAGCUUCACUAAAACCUGACUUCGUGCAAAUUAUUAAAGCUCGAUCGUGCUGU